CACUGAAUUCAAAAAAAACUCAUCUUCCCUCUCUUCUUCUUCUCCUUUCUCUCUCCUCUUCAAAGUUCAAACACACCAAUCGAAGAAAUCAAACCUACAGAAAUGGCGGAAACCCUAAGUCCAAAUCCUCUACCACAACAAAAACGCAGAAUUUCAAUUUCCACUCGCCUUCAAUCUCCGACAAGCCCCUUCUUCUUAGCCUCUAACGACGACAAACUCGAACGCGCUCAAGCACGUGCUGCACGUGCCGCCGCAGUUCGCCGGAUAAUCGCCGAAGAUGAUCUUCUCUCUCCUCCUCCUUCUUCUCCCUCAAAUUCCUGCCUUGAUGGUGCGCAAAUCAUGGAGUUGUUCCGCAAUUGCAUCAAGCUUGCAAGUGAAAAUAAAAUCAAUCAGAAGAAUACAUGGGAGCUGAAGCUUAUAGAUCAUCUUAGUGAGAUUAUCAAAGUUGAAGAUGAAGAAGAUGCUGAGACCAACUUUCAAAAGGCAAGUUGCACAUUGGAAGCUGGAGUGAAAAUUUAUGCACUAAGGGUGGAUUCGGUACAUUCUGAAGCAUAUAAGGUCCUCGGUGGAAUCAGUAGAGCUGGUUUUGAUGAUCAACAAGAAAUUUCGGCUGGAGGAGACAAUGUUAGCAAUGAGCAGGAUGGCCAGCCUAGAAAGGAUUCAGAGAAGAAGCUAUCACCUCUUUCAACGCUGGAGUCAUCUUUUGAGGCUUUGAAUGUCAAGAAGCUUGAUGUUGCAUUUGCAGUGGAUCCUUUGUAUCAUCAGACAACAGCGCAAUUUGAUGAGGGUGGGGCAAAGGGUCUCCUUCUAAACAACCUUGGAAUUUAUGGAGGGUGCCGAGUACUUUUUGAUUCACAAGAAGUGCCUGCAAAGUGCAUUUCUUCUGUCAGUGAUACUAAUUCCUCCAAUCUAAUUGAUAUCUCUUUUGCUGGAGAAUACGUUGACCAAAUGGUGAUGAAUGUGAACACAAAGAACGAUAUUUGUCCUACUUUUAAUGCUAUAGUGGAGAAGCUUGAUGAAAACAGUUUGCAAGAAAGGCAAAACCAGAGUAGUCAGGACUCUGUUUGUGAUGUUACUGCAACUGAUGAUAUCACUGGUGAGUCAAAUCGAGGUUCAGAGUUCACGGGUGUGAAUGAUGCAGAUGAUGACAAAGGUUGUGAGUUGGAUGAUGGUUCGUAUGGUAAUGCUGAUGCAUGGUCAUAUGAUCACAAUGAUGACGCAGAUCAUGCUCAUGAUAGUUUUGACACAAGUAAUCAACAUUUGGAAAAUCAGUAUGAGGAUCAAGAAACAUCAAUGUCUAGUGAACAUGAUACAUAUGACAGAUUUGAAAAUGUUGCCUCCCUUCUUUUGGGUGUUUCGGGAGUUAUGUCAAGUCAGAAUGCUUGGGCUGGACCUGACCAUUGGAAGUAUCGAAAAUCUAAGACUGUAGGUACUGAGACUGUUGCUCAAGACACAGAUUUAGCUUCUGUAGCUAAGAGACAGAAAACCAAAAAAGCAUCAGAAGUAGAUAUUGAUUUGACAAAAGCUUUGGACGAAGACAUGCCUGAUAUCUUCACACCCCCUAAAAGCCUGAAGUCUUUACUCCUUCCUGCCAAAAAAGUGCCUUGCUCCAACAAACUUCCAGAGGAUUGCCAUUACCAGCCUGAGAAUCUUGUGAAGCUGUUCCUUCUUCCACAUGUUAUGUGCCUUGGGAAGAGAAGAAGAAGGGUGGCAGAAAAUGGAUCUUGGCAAGAACAGAGUGGAGCAUUUCCUGCUUGGGAUGACGAAAGUGGUUAUAGUGGCCCAGAUAAUGAUGGUUAUGCUCACAGUGACAUAGACGAACAGGAUAUUUUGGUCUCCCAGCCUCGUCAGGUCAGCAAAAUUGAAGUUCAGUAUGAUAAAACUGCAAAGCAAGUUGACGUACAUUUGCUGAAGGAGACACUUUGGGAUCAAAUACAUGAGUUUGUUCAAGCACCUGAAAUGAAAGUUGAUGAGGAUGCCAUAUCUUUCAAACAAUUACUUGCCACGUUCCCUGAUGAUUGUGGUGCGGCAGCAGCCCAUGACAUUUCCCCUCAUCUAUGCUUUAUCUGCCUAUUGCAUCUAGCCAAUGAGCACGGGUUGAAGAUCCAGGGGUGCUCAAAUAUGGAUGACCUCAGUAUACAUCUGCCCACAUCUUCCCAGGACACAGGUUGUAGCUAAUGCUGCUGUGAGUCAAAGCAUACAUUAUUAUGAAGAGUUUCCCUUGUAAUCAUUAAUCAGUGUGACUGCUUUAAUUGUAAUUUGUAUAGCUGCACCACCUCCCUUCAUCAAAGCGGCAUCACAUUAAUCACCAGCAAUGGCAGAUGGAUUCCCAUUAUGGUGUCGUUGGUUUCUGCUCGAAACAUGCGCAACAUUCCAUCUCUGCACCCUAGGCCGAAUAACUGAGAAAUUUAGCAGUAGGCUUAUGUAAAAUGUGAAGUUAAAGAAGUAUUUUGAUAUUGUAAUUUUUGGCUGUGUUGGUGUUGUGACCUAAGCUCAAAGCAUACAAAUUUGUUGUAUUUGUAUCCUUUAUCUGUAGAUAACUGAGUUUUAGCAGUUUAUGUUCUUUUAGAAUAACAGUAAUGUGUGCGUUUGGGAAUUGAAAUGAAUUAAUGUGUGGUGAAAUGAUAA